GAUGAAACGGAGAGGAGGAAUGAUCGUCGACUUCGGUGGGCGAUCCGGAGCACGGUGCUUUCCUUCGGUUCGCUCUCAGUUUCAAUCGCGCGCUCCGAGCUUACUCCGAGAGAGCGCGAAUCGAGGACCGGGGAUCGAGAUAACGAUCGAUCGAAUAAAAAAGAUACCGUAGAUCGCGCUGGUUCGAUGGACCGUUCGGAAUGAUAAGUUACUUCGAGAUAUGAGCAUAGAGAGAUUGGGAGUCACGAUCGGCAUCGAUCGAUCGCGAUCGCGAAGCUAUCGCCGGUCCAUCCCCGGGACCGGCUGUCUCCGAGAGCCGAGCUUCUAAGGAACACGUGUAUUUUAUAAUUAAUAAAGUUACGAUGCUCGGGAUUACUAAUGAUUAUCGUUGCAUCGAAGUUAAAUUGGAAUGCACCGGAGACUGUAAUGGACCCCUUUGAUGGAGGAUGAUAUCUGGCACCUCGGGAGAGAGGCGAAAUUAGCUGUUAAUUUUCGUAUAAAGUCAUUAAUGCAGUGUCAUUAGGCGCAUGUUGCGUACAUCAUGCGAGUGGCCGCAAAUGAAGAUGGACAUGCAUAUAACGCGUCUGUCAAAAUCACAAUCGGACGAGCAAUGAUCUGUGUACUGUUCCUUUGGAAAAAAUAUUUUUCACUGUAUAGAAACAAGAAAUACGAAUCACGCAAGAUAUUAAAUAACUUACAAUAUUUUUAUAAUCUUGUUCCUUGUUAUCGCGUGUCAGACGUUUAACAAGGAAGCAAAUUGUGUGAAUUAAAAUGUGAUUAGCCACGUUGAAAGCAAAUUAUCAUGAAACGUAUAUACAACGAUUAAAGAGAAUGCUUAGAGAAAAGUGGAAACCGAAGUGCGAAAAACAGUUAGCCCGUAAGCAGCCGCGGGUGACUUCUUUCCUCUCGUGGUGUCGACCGCAUUCCGGCAAACGCGUCGCGAUGUGUAAGAAUUAGAGAUAGAAAUAAUUGCGACGAGAGAUAGAAGGGAAGAAGAUUUAACGCGGUCGCGAUGGCGUCGCGGACGAGAAAACGAUGGUGCGCGAGUGAUGUUCUAGUGCGAUUGACGCUGAUUCUAUCGGGUCUGUGCAUCGGUCGUUGUGCGGAUUUUGACACGACGACGAUGACAUCGAUGACGUCCACGACAAUGAUGACGAUGACGACGAUGACGACACCGAUGAUGCCGACGACAUCGCCGACGAUGUUGGUAUCAGUUGCUGGUGCGAAGGAAUGCGUCGAUAGUACACAGACAACGCAGUCCGAGCGCAAGGUUAAGCUAGCGGUGAUCGCACCAGGUGAUCCUCACCACGAACAGAGCUUGCCGAGGGUAUUGCCAGCGGUGUUGCUAGCGGUGGAAUACGUCAGUUCACCCAAGGGACCCUUACCCGGAUGGAUCAUCAAGGUGGACCAUCGCGACUCGCAUUGUUCCAGCACUUAUGGUCCCCUCGCCGCAUUCGAGUUUUACAUCAACCAGACAGCAGACGCCUUCCUGGGUCCCGUGUGCGAUUACGUGAUCGCACCUGUGGCCAGAUAUGCGGGUGUAUGGGGUAUACCUGUGUUAACCGCGGGCGCACAAGCGGAGGCGUUUCGUCACAAAGGCGAGCAUUAUCCGACGCUAACCAGGAUGAUGGGCUCUCAUCGCUUAGUGGGCGAAGCAUUCAGACAUAUCCUACGGCGUUUCGGGUGGAAAAUCGCCGGCCUACUCUUCCACAAUCACGCAAUGGCCAGCAGCAGAGGCAAUUCCGAAUGCCAUUUCACGCUCAGCGCUGUAUUCACGGCGCUCAAUCAAACGCCCGUGCACAGAAGCUUUAAUCAAGAGACGACCACCGCCGAGGAUUACAGAAACUUGCUCACCUUCGUCUCGAAAUCUGCAAGAAUCGUUGUAAUGUGCGCUAAUUCAACAACCAUCCGGGAAAUAUUACUGGCUGCAGAAGAGCUCGGAAUGGUGGACUCAGGAGAAUACGUGUUCUUCUCUAUAGAGCUUUCCUCCAGUGACAACGACUCUACAGAACCAUGGAGAAUCGAUGGUGACACCGACGAGCGUAAUGAAAAAGCCCGUAAGGCUUAUCAGGCCCUAAUAACAAUGACGGCGCGUACCCCGGAUAAUCUGGAGUAUCUAAACUUUUCACGCGAGGUCAAAAGCUUGGCGCAGAGCAAAUACAACUUCACUUUUGGAAACAGCUCGGUCUCCACCUUUGUAACAGCAUUUUAUGACGCUGUGUUGCUUUAUGCCCUUGCUCUCAAGGAGAGUUUGCCGGAGAAACCGUGGGAUGUCAACCUGGACGGCGGUAAUCUAACUCGAAGAAUGUGGGGAAAGAGUUUCAAGGGGAUAACUGGCGACGUAAACAUCGAUGAGAAUGGCGACAGAAUCGCGGAUUACUCUUUGUUGGAUAUGGAUCCGGAAACAUCCAGAUUCGAAAUUGUAGCACAUUAUUACGGUGCGAACAAAACAUUGGAAUAUAUUCAUGGAAAGGAUAUUCACUGGGCCGGAGGUCGUUCAGAGCCACCUCCAGAUACGCCUACUUGCGGAUUCGACGGAUCGUUAUGUCCCGAUAAUUGGUACGCUAUUCUCUCCAUGGUAUUGAGCUCCAUUGUAGUCGUUCUUGUCGUUGGUUCAGUACUUGUUUAUCGACGUUUCAAAUUGGAAGCGGAAAUUGUCUCCAUGACGUGGAAGGUGCAUUGGGACGACGUAAUCGUAAUACCGAACGCGAGGACAAGAGGCUCCAUGUACUCUCUGGUUGCGAAUAAGUUUCGCGGCAGCCAACUGACGAUGUAUUCCGAGGAUAAUGCAAGUAUGCCGGAUGGUGUUGAUAAAAAUGUGUACGUUCCAACGGGAUUUUAUAAGAACUCAAAAGUCGCUAUAAAACAUAUACCGAGAAACAAAGUCGAGAUCUCCAGGCCUUUAUUGCUCGAAUUAAAGCGGAUGAAGGAUCUUCAGCAUGAUCAUCUUGUACGAUUUUACGGUGCCUGUCUUGAGCCGCCGCAUUGUUGCCUCUUAACCGAAUACUGCCCUAAAGGAUCUCUUCAGGAUAUACUGGAGAACGAGCAGAUAAAGCUCGAUCGCGUGUUCCGGGGAUCCCUGAUACACGAUAUCGUCCGCGGCAUGGUUUAUCUCCACGCAUCGGAAGUCAAGAGUCACGGUAAUCUUAAGUCUUCGAACUGCGUAGUCGAUUCGCGAUUCGUCCUGAAAAUCGCCGAUUUCGGUUUGCACGAGCUCAGAAGAACAAACGUGGAAGCGGACGUCGAUAGAAACAGCUACGCUUAUUGGAGAAAACAGCUGUGGACAGCACCAGAGUUGCUGAGGAUGGAAAGACGACCACCCGAGGGUACUCAGAAAGGCGAUGUAUAUAGCUUUGCUAUAAUCGUUCACGAGAUCGUGAUGCGCCAAGGGCCAUUCUACUUGGGAGACAAUAACGAUCUUUCUCCGAAGGAAAUAAUAGAAGGCGUUAGAAGAGGUGGCGGUUCACCUUUAAGACCUGUAAUUGACGACACUUCCGUUGAAGAAGAGGUAGCCACAUUAAUGAGACGAUGCUGGGCGCAAGAUUCCGCCGACCGACCGGAUUUUCCUGCGCUGAAGCAGACCAUUCGUAAAAUUAAUAAAGACUACGAGAGCAGCAAUAUCUUGGACAAUUUGCUGUCUCGUAUGGAGCAAUAUGCCACGAAUUUAGAAACAUUGGUGGAGGAACGUACGGCAGAUUAUCUCGAGGAGAAACGUAAAUGCGAGGAGCUCCUUUACCAGUUACUACCAAAAUCGGUGGCGUCGCAGCUGAUCCUCGGACAAAGCGUAAUCGCUGAGACAUACGACCAAGUGACAAUCUACUUUAGCGACAUCGUGGGUUUCACGAGUCUGUCAGCUGAGAGCACGCCUCUGCAGGUGGUCGAUCUGUUGAAUGACCUCUAUACGUGUUUUGACUCCAUUAUCGAGAACUUCGAUGUCUACAAGGUGGAAACGAUAGGGGAUGCUUAUAUGGUUGUAUCGGGAUUACCAGUGAGAAAUGGCAUGAAUCACGCCAGAGAGAUUGCAAGGAUGAGUUUAGCUCUCAGGGAUACGGUAAUGACGUUCAGUAUUCGCCACAGACCAAACGAGCAAUUGAAGCUUCGCAUUGGCAUGCAUUCUGGACCAUGUGUGGCCGGUGUGGUUGGUCUUAAGAUGCCUAGAUACUGCCUGUUCGGUGACACCGUCAACACAGCCUCCAGGAUGGAGAGUAACGGAGAAGCUUUAAAGAUCCACGUCAGCCCGAAGACAAAGGAAAUUUUGGACACUUUUGGUACAUUCGAACUCGUCUGCAGAGGAGAGGUCAUAUUAAAGGGUAAAGGUCCCAUGACUACUUAUUGGCUGAUGGGCGAAAAACCGACGAAUAACAAUGUGCAACAGGCGAAUCCCACAACGACAUUCAGCCAGAUAUCGACUCUGCAAGAUCAAUCUCCUGCCGGUACCGCUCAAAUUCAGAUGACGCAGCCGAAGCAACUGGAGCAACGCCCGCUUCCACCCACUGGCCAGCACAAAUUUCAAGGCCAGUCGGAUCAGCAGUACUCAGCUCAACAGCAACAAUCGAUUCAAUCGAGGAGUCAGGAGCCUCGACAGCAGGGGCAUCUGGGUCAACAGAGGCCACAAGAAUCACAGCACCCGGGUUUAACGGGUCAACCGCGAGGCCAAGGCUCGACUCAGACCAAUCUAUCGUCCGUUGCUCCGAAUCAGCUUCAGCCGAAAACCGCAAUAGCCAUGAAUCCCACUUGUGGUCUCGCCAUGACUGGGAAUGGUGCGCCGAAAUCGACGAUAGCGUCGCGGACUGUCGUCGGCAACUCCUCGCCGUCUCGCAACCGGUCGAGUGGCUCAUCCAACGCGAACAACUCCGUGCACCAAGUCUAUCCAACGGCCGAGAAUAUGCCCAAUCACACUGAAAGCGGCCCCAACGCACCGCUUCUUUUACCCGCGGGCGCGAUUCCCAGGGUCUAGCUCUCUUAAAGUGUUCUCCGCUGGCGGCAUUCGCUUUAUCAGUUACCGAAUCUUCAAAGGAUACCGCGAGCUUGGAAUCGAUACUUGGAUACAUCGAUCGGAAUUUUGUUUGAUCCGUUACUCGUGAGAAAGAAUUAGACGAAAGCAACAGACUUAUAAGAGGAAGGAAAAUGAAGAAUUUUUAAUGCUGUCAAAACUCAGCUUCUACGAUUCAAGAAUUAGAUCUCUUCGAGACAACAAUUAUCUCAUUCAAUCAGGUUUAUUAUGCAUUUCUCUUGCGUAAUUAAUUUUGUAGCUUUCUGAGAAAUAUUUGUUGAAUCGCAAUUGUAGUUAAUCAAUUGGUAGACAUUUUUUUUGACACAUUAUUCACACUCUUAAUGAUAGAUGUAGCUGACAAGGCGAGGCUCUACAGAGUCAAGGACCAACUCCAAAUUCGCAGAAAGUGAUCUCUUUCUACAAGGUAUUAUGGAACCAAAGUUUACCGAUAACAAUUAGCGCAAUUUAGAACAAAUAUGAAUAUUGCGAUGAUUAUCAUAUCGCAUGUAAGAAUGGAUA